AUGCAGGGAAGUAGUUCACUACUCUCGUUCUCUCCAGACAGAUCUCCCAGUUUCGACACCUACUCCUCCGGCAAGCUCGCUGAGAUUGCAGCCAGAGUCAUUCAAGAAUUCAACAACGAAACAGAGUCCAACGAUGGAGAUGGAAGCGAUGGAGAAUUUGAGUUCUCAAUUGUAUGCAGAAAUGAGGAGUCCAUACCUAUCACCGCCGACGAGAUCUUCUACAACGGACAGAUCAGGCCGGUCUACCCGCUCUUCAACACAGAUUUGUUGCUCUCCAACGGUUUGUGCACAAUAAAUGAGGAAGCCACCAUAGUGAAAACCAAAGCCACGUCACAUCGGCCGCCGUUACGGCAGCUGUUCAGCGAAGAGCGGGAGCUCACAUCCUCGUCUUGUUCAUCGUCGGAGGCAGACGAAUUAGAUGGCGCGGAACCAGGCACAUACUGCGUUUGGACUCCGAAGAAGGCGGGAGAGUCGUCGCCGGGGCUAUCCAAGAAGAGCGGCUCCACAGGUUCUUCGAAGAAGUGGAAGUUCCGAGACAUCUUGUACCGGAGCCACAGCGACGGCAAGGAAACGUUCGUGUUCCUGACACGAAUCAAUAAAAAGGGGAAAACAGAGGAAUCGAAGCAGAGAACAACUGUAUCCAACACAAAGGAGGAGAGAGGACGAACUGAGGAUGAAUAUGCAAAACGAAACAGGGCAGCGAAGGAAAGCGAGAAACGGCGGUCUUACUUGCCGUAUCGACAGGACCUCGUUGGGAUUUUCACGAAUGUAAAUGGUCAGAGUCGGAAUUUGCAUCGAUAUUGA